ACCAGGAGAUCUGUUGUUCAGGGCACCAUGCUAUACACUGUAGCCAUAUGGAUCUUUCAGAGCUUCAGUUUCUUAGGAGUACAGCUCAGGCCGUGGUGCUCAAUCCCUGAGAUGGGACAUGGGGAGGGUAUAGGUGGUGACCUGCUCAGAGCUCUCAAUGAGGAGCAUGCCCCACAGGGAGCAGCCCUCCUGGGUAGGAUCUCAUGGGGAGCAUGCCCCAUAGGGAGCAGCCCUCCUGGGGAGGGUCUCAUGGGAAGCAUCUCAUGGGGAGCAUGUCCCACAGGGAGCAGCUCUCAUGGGGAGGAUCUUAUGGGGAGCAUGCCCCACAGGGAGCAGCCCUCCUGGGGAGCAUCUCAUGGGGAGCAUGUCCCACAGGGAGCAGCCCUCCGGGAGGAUCUCAUGGGGAGCAUCUCAUGGGGAGCAUGCCCCACAGGGAGCAGCCUUCCUGGGGAGGAUCUAAUGGAGAGCAUCUCAUGGGGAGCAUGUCCCACAGAGAGCAGCCCUCCUGGGGAGGAUCCCAUGGGGAGCAUCUCAUGGGGAGCAUGUCCCACAGGGAGUAGCUCUCCUGGGGAGGAUCUCAUGGGGAGGAUCUAAUGGAGAGCAUCUCAUGGGGAGCAUGCCCCACAGGGAGCAGCCCUCCUGGGGAGGAUCUAAUGGAGAGCAUCUCAUGGGGAGCAUAUCCCACAGAGAGCAGCCCUCCUGGGGAGGAUCUCAUGGGGAGCAUCUCAUGGGGAGCACGUCCCACAGGGAGUAGCUCUCCUGGGGAGGAUCUCAUGGGGAGCAUCUCAUGGGGAGCAUGCCCCACAGGGAGCAGCCCUCCUGGGGAGGAUCUCAUGGGGAGCAUGCCCCCAGGGAGCGGCCCUCCUGGGGAGGAUCUCAUGGGGAGCAUGCCCCACAGGGAGCAGCCCUCCUGGGGAGGAUCUCAUGGGGGGUGCCCUCAGCCCAGUCCCUUGCAGGAUGGACCUUGGAGAGUGAGGCCCUGAUGCGAGAGUUGAGCACUUGGCUCCUGAUCUGCACCUGCUUCGGCACUUGGGUCGGCUUGGGAGACUCCGUCCAAGGAGAAGGAGGAGGGCUCGGGGCUGGAUCUUUCACCUGCCUCAGCAACAACAUCUUAAGGAUUGACUGCCACUGGUCUGCCCCAGAGCUGGGUCAGGGCCCCAGUCCCUGGCUUCUCUUCACCAGCAACCACGCGCUGGGCAGCGAGCAUAGAUGUGUCUUCCGGGCCGGUGAGUGCACCGUGGUGCUGCCACCCGAGGAGGUGCUCGUGCCUUCCGACAACUUCACCAUCACUUUCCACCGUUACGUCUCUGGGAGGGAGCAGGUCAGCCUGGUGGACCCACAGUACCUGCCCCGGAGACAUGUGAAGUUGGACCCUCCCUCUGACUUACGGAGCAACGUCAGCUCUGACUACUGUGUCCUGACCUGGAGCGUCAGUCCUGCCUUAGAGCCCCUGACCUCCCUCCUCAGCUACGAGCUGGCCUUCAAGAAGCAGGAAGAGGCCUGGGAGCAGGCCCGGCACAGGGCUCACAUUGCCGGGGUGACCUGGCUCACCCUCGAAGGUGCCGAGCUGGACCCCGGUUCCAGCUAUGAGGCCCGCCUGCGGGUCCAGAUGGCCACCCCGGAGGAUGAAACGGUGGAGGAGCAGUGCUAUGCGGGCCAGUGGAGCGAAUGGAGCCAGCCUGUGUGCUUCCCCUCUCCCCAGAGCCCUGCCCGAGGCCCCCUGUUCUCACUUCGGGGGCAACCCAACAGCAGUGCCCUUGUUGCUAUACCCGUCUUUCUGCUGCUGACCAGCCUGACCUACCUCGUGUUCAAGCUUUCACCCAGGGUGAAGAGAAGCUUCUACCGCAACGUGCCCUCUCCAGGGGCCUUCUUCCAGUCCCUCUACAGUGUGCACAAUGGGGACUUCCAGACCUGGAUAGGGGCCCACAGAACCGGUCUGCUGCCGAGCCAGGACUGUGUCGGUUCCCCACGAGGAGUCUUGGAGCCUGGUGUCCAGGAGGUCAUUGCGUGGCUGACCUACGACCCGGCGGAUCCCUGGCAGUCAGUGGCCCUGGAGGAAGAGGAGGAGGGCCCUGGCGCCGGCCUCCCUGAGGCGGUGCUGCUAGCUGGGCAUGUGGAACAGAGAGGGCAGCCUCCUGCCUACCUGCCACAGGAGGACUGGGCCCCCUCAAUCCCCAGCAGGCCAGCUUCCCCACAGCCAGAGGGCAGCAGUGGCGGCUACUGGGCCCUGGGCUGCUCUGGGGACUGCCACCCCUCCACCUUCCCAGGAAACACCCAGAGCUCGGGGCCCAGCCCGGCCUCGGCCUGUGGCCUUUCCUGUGACCAGCAGAAUCUGGACGCCUGGUGAGGAAGUAGUCCUGGGGGGGUCGGUCACAGCGAGAGGCAAGACCCCGCUGCAUGCGUCCCGUGAGGACCGCAGGGCCUUUUCUUCGCUCCUACUGGGUUUGACCUGGAACCCCGACUUGGGCCAGCUGCAUAAAGUCCAUUUUGUGGAAAAUGGACUAAAGUUUCUCUGAGAAUGGAGCCCCUGCACAGACAUCCUGUCUGGAUGUCAGGCAGGGCAGACGACCCCUCCUCCCUCCCCUCCCCUCAGCAGCCUGCUACCCAGCCCCCACUCCGGGCCCACCACUUCCCUCCCUGCCCUCUGGCUCCAUCAAGGCCCCUCUGAGCAGGGGGUGUUAGCCCCACACCUGUUCUGCCCUCACCCCCUUAAAGGGCCAGCUUGCUCCAGCAGACACAGAUGAGGUGGUGCUAUGACCUCUUUCCGUGCCCUCCUGAGGUACCUCUCCUACUGAGAUGACAAGAACUGGCUGCUGGACGGGAGAGGGGCCCAGAGGAGGUGCAGGGGGAUGGGCUCUGUCUGCUCUUGGGCUUUCUGGGGUGGGAGGUGCUGAUGUUGGAAAGGGAGGAUCAAAUGGAGGCCGGUCCCUCUCUGGGUGCCCAGAUAGAGAGGGCAUCUCCCUGUGGGGCUCUGGUGACCCCUGCGGUCUGCACAGAAAAAAGCACCUGUGGCCCCAGGCUCCCCAGGCAAAGGCCCCCUCUGCGUCAGACAGGCAUCCCCUCCCCUCUGCGUGCCUGUGGAGCCCCCGGGGUUUUGUGGGGAGCCUCAGCGGAGCCAGAUGGUGGUCAGCAGGGGUGAGGCAGGACCCAGAAUGUAUUUUUAGCAGGUAGAGAACGGGAAGGGUGUAGACAGAAAUGAGGUGCAGACAUCUUCAGUUCUAACCGAGGAUAAAAAAAAAUAGCGUGAAUCCACUUCCUGGGGCCGACCCCUGGGGAGCCCCGGGCUGGGGUAUUAUAGCAGCAUCUGUGUGGCUCCUGUGGGUUCCCAGGGAACCUAGGCCACCCGCAUGUGACAAGUGGCCCCCACAGCGGGGACGCCUCUUCUGUGUGGCCAGAGACGUUGUUCCUGUGAGUCACACAUUUUCUGUCUGUGGCACCCAGAGACCUGGCUUUGGGCCGGAGCGUGAGCCUGCAGCCCCUUGGAGGUUGUGUGAUGGUAGGUGAGCCAUGCCUGCCCCUUCAGGACGAGCAAUACCUCCUUGUGUUGCUGUGAGUUCACCUGAGCAAGUCACCUGCACACCUCCGUGCCCAGGAAAUGCUAGCGUCCCCCUUUUGAGAUGAGACGACCCUUGGACACCGUGUGCCGAGAUCCAGUGUGCAGCAGAGCAAGGUUUGAAGACCUUGGAAUGAGGAAGUUGCUGAGCCCUGGGCACUGAAGGGGUCAGAGAGCAGGUGACUGGGAACUGAAAUCCUGAUGUGGCUGGUGUUUCGAGGAGUUGGGGGCAUGGCGAGGCUGGAGCUCAAGUGUCCAAAAUGUGGCUGGCUGGACUGUGGAGGGCCUGGAAGGUCAGACUGAGGGCUGUGAGGGAAGGGAACUCUCCUGGGCAAGGGAGGAUGUGCAAUGGUUUCUCUUUCUUUCUUUUUUUUUUUUUUUAAUAUUUUUUUAUUUUUAAGUAAUCUCUACACCCAGUGUUGGGCUUGAACCCACAGCCCCAAGAUCAAGAAUCCCAUGCUCCACUGAUUGAGCCAGCCCCUCUUUGUUUUUCAAUGUGGUGAAAUCCACAUAAUUUAACCAUAACUCUUGAAGUGUAUAAUUCAGUGACAUUUAGUACGUGCAUAAUAUGGUCCAACCGUCCUCACUCCCAAAGGAAAUCCCCUUCCUAUUAAGCAGUCACUCCCCACUGGGCUCUCCAUGUGACCUAUCCUAUAUAGCCCCUUGCCUACCUCCUUUCUCUGUGGAUUCACCGCUUCUGAACAUUUUGUAUAAAUGCAGUCAUACAUAUGUGACCUUCUGCACAGCCUUCUCCCUCAGCGUAGUGUUUCUGAGGUUCACCCACUUUGCAGUAUCGGCACCCCAAUCCUUAUUGUGGCUAAAUGUUAUUCCAUUGUGUGGAUGGACCACAUUUAGUUUAUUCACCCUUCUGUUGGACAUUUGGGUUGUUUCCACUUUUUCUCUGUUGUGAGAAAUGCUGCUGGGAAUAUUCAUGUAAAAGUUUUUGUUUCAAUACCUGUUUUCUAUAUUUUUGUGUAUAUUCCUAGGAGUGGAAUUGCUAGAUCAUAUGGUAACUCCAUGUUUAGAAUUUUUGAACUGCCAAACUGUUCUCCACAGUGACUUCAACAUUUUCUAUCAGUAAUGUACUCGCAUUCUAAUUUCUCCACAUCCUUACCAACUAUUGUUAGUGUCCUUUUUUUUUUAAAUUUGUUUUGUUUUUUAAGUUUCUUUCUUUAAGUAAUCUCUACACCCAAAGUGGGGCUUGAACUCACGACCCUGAGAUCAAGAGUCCCAUGCCUGGGUGCCUCGGUGGCGCAGUCGGUUAAGUGUCUGAUCUUGGUUUUGGUGCAGGUCAUGAUCUUGGGGUCGUGCGAUCGAGCGCCAUGUCAGACUCCGCACUUGUCGUGGUCUGCUUGGGAUUCUCUCUCCCUCUCCUUCUGCCCCUCCCACUUGUUCUCUCUUUCUCUCUAAAAUAAGUAAAUACAUUAAAAGAAAAAAAAAGAGUCGUGCUCUUCUGACUGGCCCCUUAAAUCGCCAUUCUGACUGGUAUAAAGUGGUACCUUAGUGUGAUUUUGACUUGCAUUUCCCUGAUGGUUGGUGAUGUUGAGCAUCUUUUCAUGUGCUACUCCUGUAUCUUCUUUGGAGACAAGCCUGUUCUUAAUUGGGUUGCUUGUCCUUGUAUUGUUGAGUUGUAAGAGCUCUUUAUAUAUUCUGGAUACUAAACUCAUAGCAGAUAUUCCAUUCCCAAAUAUUUUCUUAAAUUCUGCAUGUUACUUGGUGUCCUACAUAAUAGAUCACUGCCUAACCCAACCCCAACAAACACAUGAAAAGAUCCUUAGACAUCAGGGAAAUGAAAAUGAAGACCACAAUGAGAUGCCACUUCACACCCAUGAAAAUGGCUGCUCUCUAAAAAAUGGAAGCUAGUUUUAUUCACUUAAAAAUGGUGAAAAUGGGGCGCCUGGGUGGCUCAGAUGGUUAAGCAUCUGCCUUCGGCUCAGGUCAUGAUCCCAGGGUCUUGGGAUCGAGCCCUGCAUCGGAGCCUGCUUCUCCCUCUCCCUCUACUGUUUCUCCUGCUUGUGCUCUCUCGCUCUCUCUGUCAAAUAAGUAAAUAAAAUCUUUUUAAAAACUGGUGAAAAUGGUAAAUUUUAUGUUAUGUAUAUUUUACCAUAAUUUUAAAAAUAAAAAUUAACGAAAAGAAAAUUUAAUGUUAUGUGUAUGUUCUCACUCCCUCAAAACAAUCUCCCUAAGAACUGGUCCUGAAAUAGUGACACAUGUGAUGGAGGAAGACCCUUGUCCCCUAGAGUGAGAAGGACUUUUCUCAUGGACACUGCUACUUCAGACCAGACUUAUGCACACACACCUAGCAGAUCUCCCCCAGCAGAAGCGACCACUUCCCCCUGGCCCAUCAGCACCUCCUUUCAGCACCCUAUUCUCCUGGUCAACUCACCCCACAAACCACUCUCAAUCACUGCUCUUUACCAUCUCUAUAAUUUUUCCUUCCCAAAUGUCAUACACAUGGGAUCGUACAGCAUGUAGUUUAUUCAGAUUGUCUUCUGUCACUAAUAUGCAUGUGAGACUCAUCCAUGUCUUGGCGUGGCUCGUAGAUCAUUCCUUUCUGUUAAUGAAUAGUGUUCCAUUGCACACAUGCAUGGAUCUCACUUGGUUAUUCACUCACCUGUUGAAGGAGAUCCUGAUUUGUUGGAAAGUAUUUGGCCAUUUUGAAGAGAGAUGCUGUACAUAACUGCAGGCUGGUUUUUGCUUGGAUAUAUGUUUUUAGAGCAGUUGUCUAAAUACCCAGGAAUGUGAUUAUUGCCUUACAUGGUGAGACCAUGUGUAGUUUUGGAAAGAACUGCUAAAGUGUCUUCCCAAAUGGCCGCAGCAUUAUACAUUCCACCAGCAAUGAAUGCAAGUUCCUGUUGCUAUCGCUGUUUGUUUUUCUGAAGAUAUUCUCUAGAUAUGCAGUGCUAGCUCAUCGUUUUAAUUUGCUUUUCCCUCAUGACACAUGAUGUGGAGCAUUAUUCUGUAUGCUUAUUUGUCAUCUGUAUAUCUUAUUUGGUGAGGUGUGUGUUCAGAUCUUUACCCAUAUUUAAUUGGGUUGUUGGUCCUCUUUUUCACUCUUGGAGUUUGUUUGUAUAUUUUGCACUGAAGUCCUUUUUUUAGAUGUGUUUUCCAAACAUUUUCUCCCCAUCUGUGGCUUUUCUUUAGUGGAUCUUUCACAGAGUAGAUAGUUUACAUUGUACUAAAGUAAAACAUCACCAUUUUUUUUCUUUCAUUGACUGGCUUUGGUGUUUUAAAACUCGUCACCAAACCCAAGGUCAUCUUUGUUUUAUUUUUUAUUUUAGUUUUUCUUUUAUUUUUACGUAGGCUUCAUGCCCAGCGUGGAGCCCAGCGACGGGCUUGAACUCACAGCCCUGAGAUCGAGACCUGAGCUGAGAUCAAGAGUCGGACACUUAACCGACUGAGCUGCCCAAGCGCCCCUCCCGAGGUUACGUAGAGCUAUAAUUUUCACAGCUUUGCAUUAAAAAAAUGUAUGUGUGUGGACCAUUUGGAGUAAAUUUUUGUGUAAUUUUAAGGUCUGUGUUCACAGCCCUUUUUUCUCCCUGUGUUUUCUCAUUGUUCUAUCACCAUUUGUGCAACAGACUUCCCUUUCAUUAUUGGGGUGCUUGUCCCUCUGACAAAGUAGGUGACUCUGUUGGCACAGCUCAUUUUUGUUCAUUUGUCCCUUCAGCAUGACCACAUUCUCUUCAUUAUUGCAACUUUAUGCUGUCUUUGUUUUUUUUAAAGGAUUUUUAAAAUUUAUUUUUGUGAGAGAUUGAGAGAGAGCGAACGAGCAUGAGCAGGGGGAGUGGGAGAGGGAGAAGCAGGCUUCCCGCGGAGCAGGGAGCCCGAUGCCGGACUUGAUCCCAGGACCCGGGGGUCAUGACCCCAGCUGAAGGCAGACGCUUCACCGACGGAGCCACCCAGGUGCCCUAUGCUAUGUCUUUGGAUCCACAUAUGAGGUCUUGAGUCUUAUGUCGGCUAGUCUUGGUUUAGAAAUAGUUUGUCGAUAUCUUUGAUGGGAAUUUGGUUGGGAUUCCAUUGAAUCUGUAGAGCAAGUUCGAAAAAAUUGCCAGCUUAACAAUAUUGAGUGCAUUGCUCCUGAACAAGGAAUAUCUUUGCAUUUAUCUAUGUUUUUUUCAUAAUUGAAGUAUUUUUAUUUUAUGUACAGUGAAUUGGCAUUAAGUGGGUAUCUUGGAUAUCUGCAGUUGAGGCAGGUAUCCUGGAUGACCCAUUCAAGGAAGUUCACGUAAUCCAACUUACUGAAGCCAGUGCCCUUGGCGAACCGACAGAAACAAGGGCAGCACCUAUUGAGGCCGUAUUUCCGGAUCAGACGGCGUGGAUUUGAGCAGAGGUGGAAGAAGGGAACCCUGGCCAAAUUUCCUCGGAUGGCUCCAUGCUGCUGGUGCCCCAUCCUGCUCUCUCGGAUGCACCGAGGCACAAGGCACAUUUAUUUAUGUGUUGUUUGAUUUCCUUCAUCUGUGUUUUAAUGUUUUGAGAAUAUUUUUAUGUAUAUUGUUAGAUUUAUACUCAAGAACCUUAAUUUUCGUAUGUAAUUUUUUUUUUCAUUUCACAUCCCAAUUUGUCCUAUACAUCAUUGCUGAUCACCUCAGUCGAUCUAGGCUGCUAUCAAAAUAUCACAGACCAGGCGCCUGGGUGGCUCAGUUGGUUGGGCAACUGCCUUCGGCUCGGGUCAUGAUCCUGGAGCCCCGGGAUCGAGUCCCACGUCGGGCUCCCUGCUCGGUGGGGAGUCUGCUUCUCCCUCUGACCCUCCUCCCUCUCAUGCUCUCUGUCUCUCAUUCUCUCUCUCUCAAAUAAAUAAAUAAAAUCUUA